AUGCAUUGGCAAGAUGGAAGAGAGGUUGACCUCCUCCAUUACAUUUUCGCUCGCCCCGACAUCAAGCAGCUUCGGGGGAACCCCAAGAGAGUACUGGCAGCCAUUGACGAGUACCAUGAGCAGUUCAACAAACUGAUAAACAUCGGCGCAAUCAAAGGAGCCUUCAUUGCUGAUAUUCUCGCGGAACGCAAACCGUCCGUGAUGAUUGAGCUUGGAGGUUACGUGGGGUACUCGGCGAUUCUUUUCGGCAAUAUCAUCAAGAAGAAUAAAGGGAAACAGUACAUCAGCAUCGAGAAAAACCCUGAGAUGGCAGCUGUUGCAACUCAGCUUGUCAAUCUAGCUGGCCUAUGUGACGUUGUCCGAGUCGUGGUUGGUUCUAGUGAUGAGGUGCUCAAGGAACUGAUCUGCGAGACCAAAGAGAUCGCUCAGGUCGAGCUGAUCUUCAUGGAUCAUUGGCAAGAGCUCUACCUGCCCGAUCUAUGGUUGCUCGAGGAGUUGAAUGUCUUGAUCCCAGGCUCGUCACUGCUGAUUGCGGAUAAUGUGAUCAUGCCAGGUGCGCCGAAGUAUCUUCAAUGGGUGCAGUCGACUCCAUCGGAAAAAAAGCAGCUCGUCCAUGAGUCGGAUGUCGGUUCAUUGGCACCCAAUCCCAAACUUGUCUACCAGACCGUUGUUUCUGAGUUUGAUACCGCUUUUGGUCGGGUAUGUAUCGUUUCGAAUCCAGUAACGACUUCUCGGAUGUGCUAA